AUGAGCAGCAGCAGUGAAUUAGAUUGUGCCAAAGCUGACCAAGAUUCUCAUCUUGAUGACAUUGAUACUGGGCUUUGUCACGAAGGAGGAAGGAUGAAGACGCGCAACAUGAGAAGUGGUAGUGGGGUGGCAUCAGCACCAAAGAGCCAAGGUUCCAGCUCGAAAAGGAAGAAAGCAAAGGACGAACAGGAUGAUGAUGACAGGAGCGUGGAAUCGAUCAUUGAAAAGCACGGGACGUAUGGUGACGAAGAGACGGAUGUCCCCUGGAACGGAUGUGUCUGUGGCAAGAUUCAUGGCCGUCCCACUCCAGUCUAUUGGAUCGAAUGCGAAGGUCCCUGUAAGGCUUGGUUCAAUGUAACGCCAAAGUGCGUGGAGGGGGUGACGGCGGAGGAGGCAAAAUCAGUGUCAUGGACUUGUCGAAAGUGUACCAAGCUACUGGCCAAGGUACCGGUGCUACUUUGUGAUUUGCCCACGGACGUCUUGUAUCGCAUACUGGAGUUCACGGCUGCACCAACCUUUCGCGCCGGUGUCUUGAUGCGUCAGCUGGCUCCACUCUGCAAGGCAGCGAAUGUAUUCCUGACAGGUAGCCUAUCGAAGGGGAUUUGGCAAGCAGUUUUACAGAGAGAAUACAUUGUGGAUCAAGCGAGUGGCAAACACAACAAGAAGAAGUCUGCGACAACCUACAAGGUGACCUCCAAUCCUCGACGUGCCUCGAAACGACGACGCAAGCGUACUGACAUGUGGGGCAUUACAUCAAAAGUUCGUGAUAGCGACCAUCCACGCCAUUCUGUCCAAGAGGAACACCUGGAACUCAUAGCUCGUACCGAAGAGAUGUACUAUCAGGCAGAAGAAUUGGCCGAUCCAUUCAAUGGUGAUGCCCGCAAAGGACAAAUGCGACAAUGCAUCGCCCAAAACAAGAGACCAAAUGUGUUGACACUGACCAAGCUACGACAGCUUCUACAACGGUUUGCACCCGUGGACAUCAGCCGGGUAUCACCUUGUACGGGACGAACGCUCUUGCAGGUGGUGUGUUGCGGGGACAUGGAUGAAGGUCCAACCGUUUCCUGCGCAGAAUACUUAUUGCAACAUUAUGACGCUGAUCCAAAUCAAUUCUCCACGAGAGAAGAACCCCACGGGAAUCGACCAGCCCUUUUCUUUGCCAUUUCCCGUGCCAUGCCAAAGCUGGUUCAGACAUUGAUCGAUGCCGGUGCCAGCUUGACGACCACCAUUUCGGGCAAAUUCCGCAGGACCUUUGAUGCGACACAAUCUAUUGAGGGAGUGUUUACGCCAUCUGAGUUCGCCUUGGCUAUCAAGCAGGUCGAGGUCAUUGAUGCGCAACGACCGGUCGCUUCGCCGUAUUGGGUGUCGCGGCUUAAUGUUGUCAUCAGGACGUUGCGGGAGGCAAGCCAGCAAGCGCAAUCAGAAUCAGAAUUUCCAUCGCUGAAGCAGCUAAAAUGA